AUGACCUAUGUCAUUUGCCAGGUCCGAGUCUAUAAGUCUAACCCCCUCAUUGGUCCAAACUGGAGGUUUGGGGGCAAAAUGACCUAUGUUGUUUGCCAGGUCCGAGUCUUCUAUAAGUCAGACCCCAUUUGGCCCAAACUGCAGGUUUGGGGCAGAUUCGAGACUUGUAUAAGUCGGACCCCCUCAUUGGCCCAAACUGGAGCAAGUAUGGAUCGUAGAUGGAUGUAUGUUAGGCGAGACUCCCUUGAGUAUGCACAAGGAAUGGAAAUGUUCUUAUCAUUUGCACUUAAACAUGUGGAAGAUCCAAAUAGUAUUUUGUGCCCUUGUGUAGAUUCCAACAAUACUGUUCAAAGUAACGUGGAUGGGGUACGGGAUCAUUUGGACAACCUUGAUGGUGACUCUUUACAUGAUUUGACACAAAUUAUUUGGGAAAACUUACAUGAUUGUCCGAAAAUGUUUCAAACUCUCUGCAAUGAUGCAAAUAUACCAUUGUACAAAGGUUGUUCUAAAUAUAGUAAACUAUCUGCAUUAUUAAGAUUAUAUGCUAUAAAGGCACGUGGCUUAAUAUCUAAAUCGAGUUUUACGUCCUUACUUGAGGCCUUUAAAGACAUGCUUUCAGAUGACAAUGUACUUCCAUCUCGCAUAUAUGAAGCCAAAAAAAAAAUGCUAAACUCAAUAGGAAUGAGUUGUAACAGAAUACAAGCAUGUCCUAAUGAUUGCAUUUUGUAUUGGAAGGAAUAUCCAUCACUAAAUUGUUGCCCAAGUUGUGAAGCUUCACGAUAUCAGAAAGAAAAUGCUCCAUCAAAAAUAGGGAAAAAAAGGGAAGGAAAACUUAGACAUCCAGCUGAUUCCCCACAGUGGAUUAAAAUUGAUAAUAAGUUUCCCGAGUUUAAAUGUGAACCUGGGAACUUACGCCUUGCCCUUGCAUCAGAUGGCAUGAAUCCUUUUGGAAACCAAAGCUCUUCUCACAGUACAUGGCCUGUUAUAUUAUGCAUCUAUAACCUUUCUCCGAAGUUGUGCAUGAAAAGAAAGUAUCUAAUACUUUCGAUGUUAAUAUCUGGACCAAGACAACCUGGGGACGAUAUAGAUAUCUAUCUAGCACCACUGAUAGAAGAUCUAAAGAUGAUGUGGGAAUCAGGUGUCGAAGUGUUUGAUACACAUCGUAAUGAGAAUUUUAAAUUGAAAGCAAUGCUAUUUGGUACGAUUAAUGAUUUUCCAGCCUAUGGGAAUUUGUCAGGUUACAGUGUCAAAGGGCAUGAGGCAUGCCCCAUAUGUGAUAAAGAAACGGCCUUAAAGAGCUAUGGCAAAGCUGAGAUAGAGAAAGCUCUGAUUCCAUUAACAGGGGAACAAAUAAUUGAAAAGGUUGAAGGUUUAAAAGUAAAGCACGGAAAACUUUGUGCGAAGAGUCUUCCAAUUAGAGGGUACAAGAAGAGGAAGACGAAAGAUGGUAUUAAUUCUAGAUUAGACUACGUUGACAUGAAUAUUAGAGUAAAAGUUCUAGAGGGAUAUUCUUCCAAAAUCAGUAGUUUUGUGUCAAUGGCCGAUUUAAAGUUGAUUCACAUGAAGUCCCAUGACUAUCAUGUUCUUAUGGAACAUCUUUAUCCUAUAGCUAUUCGGUCUAUUUUUCCGGAACAUUUGGAGAUGUACUUUCCGCCUUCCUUCUUUGAUAUUAUGGUUCAUCUUGUUGUACAUUUAGUAAGAGAGAUACAGUUAAGUGGACCAGCAUUUUUAAGAUAUAUGUACCCUAUUGAGAGAUAUAUGAAAAAUUUAAAAGGCUAUGUUAACAAUCGAAGUCAUCCAGAAGGUUGCAUAGUUGAACGAGCUCUAGUUGAUGAAUCCAUGGAAUUUUGUAUUAACUACCUGGCUAAUGUUGAUGCUACUGGGAUUCUAAAACCUAGGCAUUCUCGUGGCUUAGAAGGGAAGGGAAUUUCUGCAUGUAAGGUUUUGUCCAUGCCUCGUGCUAUAAUGAAUCAAGUUCAUCUAUGUGUAUUGCAUAAUAGUUCGGAAGUUAGGCCAUAUGAGAAGUUAAAUUUGGAUUAUCUGAAAAAAAAAUACCCACAUAAGAGUGAGAAGUGGAGAAUUGAAGAGUACAACCGUACCUUUAUUGAUAGGUUCCAAACUCAAAUUUCAGAAGAAUUUGUGCUUUUAUGGAUUAAUUUUUUGUGA